GUGUACGCACAUACAUUUGUGCAAUACACAGUGGAGACAGUACUAAAGCUUAAGCAUGUGAUUUUAUUGCAAUACAAGAUCAGUACAAAUAGUAAUUUGUGUACAUGUGGCCUCAAUUACCUGGAAUUCCCUCGGUGCACGUGUUAAGAAUGAACAUUUAACACACCUGUAGGACAACAAGGCAACUUAAAGGAUAAGUAUGGAACAGCACAGAGUUAAUAUCAACGAGCCCAGGUAUGACCAAAACACUUAUGGAGGACGAGCAAAGCAUUUCUUCAUCACGACCAACCCUCUCAACCUUCUGGCCACCAAUCAACAGCUGGAGCACGCCAAGUCCAUCGUAGUUCGAUACAGAAAUGGUGAACACAUUCCUGAUCUUACGGAGAGUGAUCUAUGGCGAGCCAAGCACUUAUACGAUUCAGCAUUCCACCCUGUGACGAACGAGAAGAUGGUCUUGUUUGGCCGGAUGUCUUCACAAGUUCCUAUGAACAUGACUAUAACGGGAUGUAUGCUGGCAUUCCACAAAACAACCCCAGCGAUUAUAUUCUGGCAAUGGAUGAACCAGUCCUACAAUUCCAUAGUAAACUACACCAAUAAGGCCGGAAGUAAUGUUUCCGACAGUCAGCUGGCCCUGUCCUACGUACUUGGUACCAGUGGUGCUGUAGGUACCGCCCUGUGGAUCAAAAGUCUAGUAAAGAACCGAGGUCCCAUGGUAGCCAGAUUUGUUCCAUUUGCCGCUGUAGCGGCUGCCAACAUUAUAAACAUCCCGUACAUGAGAAGCAAGGAGCUGAUAGAAGGGAUAGCCUUGAUGGACGAAAAUAGAAGAGACCUAGAUAUGGCCUCUAAGCGGGCUGCCAUGAAGGCCAUAGGCAUGGUGGUGGUAUCUAGGAUACUCAUAGCAACGCCAGUCAUGGUUAUACCGCCCCUCAUCAUGAACCAACUUGACAAAAAGUCAUUCAUGAAGAGAGCACCAUGGUUGAAUGCUCCUAUCCAAGUGCUGUUGGUUGGCUUUAUUUUGGCAUUCGCUACCCCGCUUUGUUGUGCAGUGUUUCCCCAGAAAAGUUCAAUGGACGUAAGUCGUUUAGAAGAAGACGUUCGAAAGAAGUUGGAAGCACUUCCAGAACCGCCCGAGAAAGUCUACUUCAACAAAGGCCUAUAAGAAACUUUGAAGUAAUAUAUUGUAGAUUGUCACCUACAAAAAGUCCAACAGAAAAUAUUUUUUGAAAAACAAAAUGAAAAACUGAGAUGGUCCUAUAAAGAUGCGUUUGUACUUCACAAUGGCAUUUGCCCUUGGAGGUAAACCUGCAUUUUAUGAAAUCUGGCCAUGGUGGUUUCAUCAUAGUUCCUUAACAAGAUUUUUUUGUUUGAAAACAUCAUUGGAUUUAAGGAAAUUAUCUUGGUCAUUGACCUUUCCUUAAACUCUAUAAUGCUCCUGAAACUCAGGCCGGAAAGCAUAUAACACGAUAAAAGGUGCUGGAUACAUGGAAAAGAUCUCCGGAAAUUUCAGGGAAGUGUAUUUGCAUAUAUAUUUGUUAGUUAAAGGGACCUACCUUGUCCAAAGAUGUGUUAGACUUCGCUGCCAAGACUAAUAAUAUACAAGCCCAAGUUCAUUCUGGACCCUGACACAGAAAUGGUGGCAGGCUAGAGGAAACUCUUGCUAAAAUAUACGUGAUGUAUUUCAGCUUAUUGCUGAGUCGAAAUAGGGUACAUUGACAGGGUAAGUCUGAAACUGAAACAUCUCAAACAACGACAGGAUUGAUUGAAUUUCCAACAAAAAUGUUUAUAAAUGUAUCAAUUUAUUGAAUUCUCUAUUUAUUUCUAGCGAACAAUUUGGAAAUGUAAUAUGUUACUCCGUAUAUUGGCGGGUUUUAGAAACGAUGACAAAAUAAGAUAUAUAUCUAUGUAUCAGGCCAACAUACCGCUCGCUCUGUUCAGUGACAUAUAGAAAUGUAUGCGUAUUGUGCCGCUCACCUUUGCUAUUUAGAAAUACAUUAUAUUUUCUUAAGUUCAUCUUUAGAAAUAUUCAUAAUUAAUUCAUAAUAAAAUAUCAUAGGCCACUUAAAAAGAUAAGUGUGCCAUUUUCCGCCAUAUUCUGUAUUUUGUGUUGUUAUACGCAAACAGAGCUUCGCAGCAUUAAGACAAUUGUAGACUGGUUACAUGUACUUCAAUGUUUAUUCAGUUUACAUUGCAAGGCAGAGCAAAAAUAGCAGUGUUUGGUUAGGCAUGACCUGUGAGAUGAUUGACAUGUUGAACGACUCUGUCUCAUGAAAUAAAAUGUCUGUAUAGUUA